AUGGACCGUGUGCCCCUCAUCUGUGACUAUGGCUCAGGCUUCAGCAAGGUGGGGUUUGCAGGAAUGGAUGCCCCCCUGGGCGUGUUCCCAACCGUCCUCGGGAAACUUCGGCACGACGUGAGUGACGUGGGGGGUGCUGCCGCUCCCCGCUCCCCCGCCGCCCUCGGUUUCCCCAUCCGCAAAGUGGGCGAGCUGAGUGUCCCAGCCGUGAGUCCUCAGAGGCACGCCCACCUCGCAGGCAACGCGCUGAAGCCUCUUACGGCCAUUUGGGAAAUCGCGCGUGGGCUUCGAGGAGUCAAGGUGCUGGUGGGUAUGGAGGAGGAGGACUGCUUCAUCGGGGAUGAGGUUCAGAAGGAACGAGAGAAGCUCAACCUGCAAUACCCCAUUUCUCGGGCAACUGUCACUAACUGGGACAACAUGGAAAAGAUCUGGCACCACUCCUUCUACCAGGUGCUCCGCGUCGCCCCGGAGCAGCACCCUGUGAUGGUGACAGAGCCGCCUCUAAAUGCCGCAUCCAACAAAGGGAAAGUGACGCAGAUCCUGUUUGAGACCUUCAACAUACCCGCCCUGUAUGUAGCCAACCAAGCAGUCAUGUCUAUGUACGCCUCUGGCCAAACCUCCGCCUAG